AUGUCACAGGCUUUAAGAAGUGCAAAAGAGCGCGCUCUGCAAAUUGUAGAACAAGCGUCGAAAAUUCGAAUUCAAGAUGCAAGAGAUAAUCUGGGAGCAAGAACCAGUGGAAGACAAGUUAGAAAAGCAAAUAAUCAGGUAAAUUGAAAAAAUUUUAAAGAUUUUUUUCAAUAAUAAAUUAUAUUUCCUUAUUUAGAUGGGACAUACACAAGGUGCCUUAGAACGUGCUGCAAAACCACCACUCGGAUGGAUUUGGGGUGAUUUCUUUCGACCAUGGCAAAGAAUGUUUCCAGGAGAAAAACAUUUCAACGCUGAUAUCAAGUGAGUUCGCUUUUCUGUUAAAAGAAUUUGAAUCUUCUACGAGAUUCAUUUCAAACCUAAAAAAUUAGUUCAAAAUACUUCAUUUUCGAAAUCUUUCAUUUUUCCGUGGAAUUUCAUCAAUGUCAAAACUCAACAAAAAAUCCGGAACUCAAAAAUAAUCAAAAAUGCAUGUUUUGAAUAUUACGUGGGAGUUUUUGGGUUGAUAAAUAAUACUUCUUUAGAUUUCAUGUAUUUUUUGCAGUGUUCGUCGUGAAUAUAUUCCAUUAUCGUUGAUUGAAUUGACUCGAUUAAUUGAUUUGGGAUGGAUUGAUCCAAGUAAACCAAUUGAUAUUUCAACACUUUGUCGAACCCAAAAAUUCCAAAUUAAUCCAAAUAUCAGACAAUAUGGAUUUGAUUUGACUGAAGAAGGAGCCGAUUCUUUUCCAUAUGCAAUUGAUAUCGAAGUUCAGUAUGCAACACAAUCCGCAAUUGCAGCUGUGGAAAAAGCUGGUGGACGAAUAAGAACUUCGUAUUAUGAUGUAAAUGCAUUGGAAGCAGCAAUUGAUCCCAAAAAAUGGUUUGAAAAAGGAAAUGUUGUUCCACAAAGAAAGGCACCACCAAAAACAUUGAUCGGUUAUUAUAUGGAUGCAAAGAAUCGUGGAUAUUUAGCUGAUGAAUCUGAUAUUGAAAAUAAUCGGAUUAAUUUAGCAAAUAUUAGAGGAUAUAAAUUGCCAGAUCAUGAAAUGGUUACUGAACCAUUGAAAACUGUUGAUCAGGUAAAAUCUCAUUGAAAUAUGAAAUAGAAAAUAUAUAUCUUAUUUAGGUUUUCCAUGGAAUUCCAGCAGGUUCAGUUAUCUCUUUAGCUGAUAAAAAACUAUACAGUCCAACCAACGAAAUUCAUCGAGAAUAUUAUAGUAAACAAGUUGCCGAUAAACAAUAUUCAUAG